AUGGAGCGGGAACCAUCAAGUCGCCCAAACCCGUCUCGGCCAUCCGGCGAAGUACUUCCAGGUGACGGCAUAGACGUUUCGACGUUGUCAGCAUUCCACCGUGCGCAGAGGACAUAUAACGGGACAGAGAAUAAUAAUGUGACUGGCCCUCUGGACGGUAUUUCUCGCAGUGGCAACGCUACUCCUUCUCAGUAUCUGCCUGCUGGGUUCUCGUGGGCGUAUUCCAGAAGAUUUGAUGCAAACGACAUACUGUCAGACCUAAACACAUCAUGGGCUGGCGAAUUUUCUUGCAUGUUGACAGACAUGGCCAGCCCUAUGAACACGUCGUUGGAAACACAGACGCGGACAGCAGCCCCUUAUUCUGGUAUAUCAGUGAAUGGUCCGCCCAAUGAAGCGACGUCCAAUUUGCAACAAGCAGUGUUACAGAACUCUGCUCACUCAACCACGCAGUUGAACAGCGGCGCUGAGUCUUGGGAACCAAAAUCACCAGCCAAAGGCGGCAUAAGAACCACGAGCCUAUCACCGGGUCAUCCCGAGCUCGAGACCGGGAGAACAUCCUCUGAUGAAUCCACAAAACUAAUUCAUCUCUUCCAAAAGAUUGUUCAACCUCCUGCCGCUAUUCUCAUAGGCGGGAUCGAGCGUUGGCGUCGAUUGCAGCGCUAUCUAUGCAAACUUAGCGACCAGUCGCGCGCCGUGAGCAGCUCUCUACUUUGUGUUGUUGAGCUUCUCAUGAUUGAAGACUUGGCGGCUGAGCCUGGCCAGAGCAGAGACGCCUUGAUAGAAAGAAUCAUGGAGCGACAUGCUGAUGCUUGCCACGAGAUUUCCAGGAAGUUGGCCAAGCACCCCGAUUUGAACCCAAAGACUAGGGAACAUCUCCUCGCUGCAGUGUUUUUGCUCUCGUGGUUUGAAGUCAUUCGUGACCAGGACUCUCAAUCCAGUCUCUUCCCGCGUGAUCUUGCUGAAAUCAUUAUUACCGCUGACACGAAUUGGAACCGACAUUCACAACAACUAUUGUCAUGGUUGAACACGUUGGAUAGCAAAGCCACACAUCUGGGUGGCCAACACCUCCUGCUACCGAGAUCACUUGAGAUUGUCUCUCACUACCAACCACAAAUUACGUCGGAGCAAUGUCACGACGAUUUGCAAUGUAGAGAUCCCAAUGAUUCGGAGCUCUCAUGGGACGACAUGUCGCCUGAGGAUUCCCAUACUUCGCACCACUCACCAGACGAUGUUUCACUACAUGCGCCGAUGUUGAAGCUUGGAAAGGUCAAGCAAAUAAUGCUCAACACCAUGUUACAGCCAGCAUUAGAGUGGUACCUCACCUCACAAGCCUACUGUCGGCGCAUAAGUGCUCAUGAUAAACACCACCGCAAACGAUUGACCAGCGACGACGAGUACGAAGUGAUUACAGCAUGCAAGCAGCUGGAACUGGAGCUUUUCGAGCUUUGGGACUACCGACCUGCGAUCAUUUCAAUUGCGGCGGAGCAACUAAAAGCGAUAGUUUCACCCGACGUUGCAACGAGAUUGGAAGAGGUUUUCAGUGUAUAUCUAGCUAGCUUUUGGAUUCUUUUUGUGUAUCUGCAUCGUGUAAGUUGGUGGAACUUUCCACAUUCCACUCUCACUACCCGCGCACUAGGUGAAGUUUGGCUACAUCUUCAGAGGGCAUAUGGAGAGGAAGUAAACGGACCGCUGCGCCGAAUCAUUCAUCCAAGUCUGUUGUGGCCGUUGUUCUUGUUUGGAUGCGAGUGUCCUGAUCCUGUGCAGAGGUCUUGGGCCAUUGAACAGCUUGAAGCCCUUGGUGAAGCCAAAGCAACGCUUCGAUGUGACGUAGACGAUACGCAAACAUUGCCGCCAUUUAAGCUUGGUUCCGGUGCGACUAGAAACGCCCAGAGAGCUGCCACUUUAUUGAGAGAGCUUAUAAAGGAACAAGACGAGAAGAAUAUGCGGGUUGAUGAUCGAGACUUGUCGAUGAAAAUGUUUGGCUGCUAUUUCUCAAUCGUCUAG